GCUCUAAAUCCCACUUCUCUUUAUACUUUUGAAGAAAUUUUUUGAAGAAAUUUCGUACAAUUAUCCCACCCAGCAAAACCCUUCCAAAUAAAUGGCCUUUCAAAGAUAAAUGGCUGUGGGACAGUGGAUGAAAUUCUUGUGUGUGAAGGAACACGUUCCCCCUCUUUUCUACCAUAAAGUACUCUGUGAGUGAAUCUUCUCCGGGAAGGAAAACUUUCCCCCCUUUUGCUAAUAUCGAAACCCAAAAUAUCCGCUCGAUUCACAGUGUCCGUCUCUGAGACUCAGAUUCUGCAAUUCAGGCAGCGGCAAGCGACGUUCGAUUUCUCCUGAAGGCUAGAUCCUUUCGCAGGAAAAAGAACAGAGUACUCCAAUCAAUCCUCUUGAAACGUCUAUUAAUUGCGUCUAUUUGCAUUAUAAAAAAAGGGCUUCAAACUACAUAACAGUUUAGAAUCGAGUGAUAAAAUUGUACACAGACCAGAUGGCGCUUUUCUCUGUCGAUAGUAAAGAAGCAGUAGUGUCAAGAACAAUAAGGGAUGAACCUCCAACUCACUUUGAGCUUAGGAUUAAGUCAUUUUCCUUGCUCUUGGAAUCCUCGCUCGAAAGAUACGAUUCUGGCAAUUUCGAAGCAGGCGGUUACAAAUGGAAACUCUGUUUGUACCCAAAAGGAAACAAGGAUGUAAAUGGGGAAGAAGGGCACAUCUCUCUCUACUUGGAAAUUUUAGAGACAGACUCCCUCUCUCCAGGUUGGGAGGUCCAUGCCUUGUUUAGGUUCUUUGUGCUCGACCAACGUAGGGACAAGUACUUGACACUCCAAGAUGCCAAUGGAAAAGCAAGAAGGUUCCGUGCAUCUAAAACUCAAUCUGGGUUCGAUAGACUAAUUAGCCUGAAUGAAUUCAAUGACCCUACUAAUGGAUACGUGGUGAAAGACACUUGUGUGUUUGGAGCUGAAGUCUUUGUCCAGAAAGAGAGUGUUGCAGGAAAAGGAGAGUGUUUGUUGAUCACAGCCGGACCUGUCAGUUGUAACCAUACCUGGAAGAUAAAGAAGUUCUCUGAAUUGGUUGGGGAAUCCCAUUUCUCUGAAGUGUUCACUGCUAGUGGUCAUAAAUGGAGAGUAAAUGUCUGGCCCAAAGGUAAUGCAGAAGAGAAAGGAAAAAACCUUUCUUUGUUCCUGGAGUUGAAUGAUUCAACAACCCUUCCUCCUGGCCGAGGAGUGUAUGUGGAAGCGCAAUUGCGAGUAGUGGACCAGGUCAAUGGCAAGCACAUGGAACGUAAACUGCAGAAAUGGUUUAAUAACUCAACUAAUGUGUGGGGUUGGGGGAGUUUCCUCUUUCUCGAUAGUCUCAGAGAUCAAUCGGAAGGCUUCUUGGUGAAAGAUGUCUGCAUCAUUGAAGCACACCUACUAAUCAUUGGAGCAAUUGAGAAACAGGGCCAGAAAUCAGAAUGAGAGGAAAAGCUUUUGAUGGGUGAAGCCCUAACUCUGGCAGGUUUUGCUUUUUUGGGGUGAUAGUUAUGCCCCAGGGAGACUUGAAUUCAUGACCUGUUAACUGUGAGGUGUUAGUCCUUGGCAGCUGAAGAUUUGUUGUUAAUUUCAGGAAACUCAUAUCUUGGCUUAGUUAUAAUGGGAAAGAGAAAUACUAUAGCCUUUCUUCAUUCUUGAUGCUGAUUGAUUCAACAGCUCAAGCUCCCAGACCGGGAAUUCAUGUUGUGGUAAACUUGCAUGUUUGAUCAACUCCACAGCCAGCAAAACGAAGCAAUACGCCAGUGAUAGUGAAUAUGUCGGUUUGUAUUCUCCAUUGGGUCUUUCCUCCGAAUGUAAUACCUUUCUCUUCUGUCCUUACCACACACCUUACACUAAUCACUCAUAUUGUCACCACCUCAAUUAGGAUGGUUCUUUGAUUCCCAUUUUAGGGACUUGAAAGCCCUUCAAAUUGUGAAAGUAACCCGCAAAUUGAACUUCCCACCGUCUCUUCAGACACUCUUAUCACCUUACCCAUCCCAUUUAGCAAGGCAGUUGUUUACACAUGACAAUGCUAAGUAAUAGAAUCAAACCACAUGUAAGAGAAUUUAGGCCAUGUCCAUUACACCAGUUCAGAGGGAGGUAGUUUUUGGACCAUCCAGGAAUUAUAAACAGAUUUGCACAGGAAUGCAUGCAUGGGAUCUGCACUAGGUCAAAGUCUUGACUUCUCUUCUUAAGAACAGAACAGGUUCUUACUUUUAUAUUAUAGUCCAUAGUCUAUAUGUAACCAUAUUCAUCUAAUCCAGUGACAUGUUAGAAGGAAUUAA